AUGCCGAUCCGAAGAAAACUUGAGGAAGCUGUGCCGAAUCUGCGUGUUCUUAUUGAUGAAGUAAUCAAAGACUCCAAAACCCAAGAUUCUGAACUGACAAAGUCCAAAAUCCAACCUCAUCUUGAGCAACUGCAAGAAAUCAAUGCCUACUUCGAUGAGAAGGGUAAAGAUUUGUUCGAUGACCUCAAGGAAACGGAAGACGAGCUCCUGAAGAAUUUCAAUGCUCUUGAAGAAAAAAUCGACGACUCUAAGUACGCUAUUCUGGAUCUCAGCCGAGACGCUUCCGUAGAUCUAGAUCUCACGAAGCGCUCUAUUGGAGAUAUAUUCAACAAGAUACAAGAGGUUGUUUCUGGAUUCCAAGGUUUGCCACUAAAGGAGAGAAAGGGAUCAUCCAAAAAUAAUGAUUCAGAGGGUCAGGCAAGGGAGAUUUCAGAAAAAUGGUCUGCAUUAAAGGUGGAGCAUCGCAUACUUGAACAUUCAGUACUUUCUCGUUUUCAGUUGAGCUAUGACAACAUUAUUGACAUUGAUGGUAAGGAGCAUCGCAUUCCUGGUCGUAACAUCAAGCUGUGUCUGCUAUGUUUCUCCGUAUUUCCGCCCAAAUCGGUCAUCAAAAAGAGGCCCUUGAUUUAUUGGUGGCUUGGGGAGGGUUUGAUCACCGAGACGGAAGAUGGAGAACGCAUCUUUGGGGAGCUGAUCAAGAAGGGCCUUCUAAUUGCAAAAUACAAGCCAUAUAAGAAUCCUGUUGUGGAUAGCUGUACAAUGCACUCUUGGAAUCGCCUUAUGCUGAUCUCGGUUGCAAAAAGGGCUCAGUUCUUUGAUUUUGAUGAAGACACAGGAUUACCUGCUAAUCACGGCACCAGCUCUCGCCGCAUGUGUUUGGUAAAGCAACGCUAUUUGGAUAAGCAAACCCCUCCAAAUGGGGAGGCUUCUAGACAGGAUCACAACAGUUCAGGUAGGGGUGCCUCCACGGAGCAUCGUUUAUUGACUUUGUUCAAUGUGAAUGAGCAAUAUGUCAAUAUCAGCAAUUUUAGUUGGUUUUCAGAGAACAAAAUUGAGGUUCUUCAGCUUGGGAGGUGGCAGGAUUCAGCCAAGUACCAUAUAGAAGUCGAAGAUGAAUACUUCUUGAAAGCUCUGGGGAGCAAGAAGCACUUGAAGUAUCUCAGCCUGCGAGGAAUUUCAAGAAUCACUGAAAUGCCUUCCUCCGUCCGCAAGCUCAUUAAUCUUGAAAUACUGGAUCUCAGGGCAUGCCACAAUCUGGAGAAACUACCAUCUGACAUUUCAUCUUUGAAGAAGCUCACGCAUCUAGAUAUAUCAGAGUGCCACUUGCUAGAGAGCAUGCCCAAGGGCCUGGAGAAGCUGACUUCGCUCCAAGUGCUAAAGGGUUUUGUGGUAGGAACUUCAAAAAGAGGCCCUUGCAAGCUUGAAAACCUUGCUGAAUUGAAGCGACUUAGAAAGCUGAGUAUAUAUAUCAGAAACGAAGCUUAUAUGGAAGAGCUUGCUAAGUUGAAGCAGUUUGAAACUCUUUGCAUUCUAUCGAUAACAUGGGGAGAAAGAGGAGCACAGGGUCCAAAAGAACAAUCAAGAAAGCAAUCUGCUACGAGUGAGUCUUCUUUCCGAUUUCCUCCCAACUUAAAGAAACUGGAUCUUUGGUGUAUCCCUGAAACCGACCCAGCUUGGUUAGACCCUGCUGGGCUUCAGAGUUUAAGCAAGCUGUACAUUAGGGGAGGAAAACUUGUUAGUUUCAAGGAGAGUCCUACUGGUAAGAAGUGGGGAGUUCAGAUUUUGCGUUUGAAAUAUCUACGUGCUUUCGAUGAAAAAAAACCCUGGCGGCGAAACUUCCCGUACCUCAGUUACUUGGAGAUAGUAAAGAAAGCUGAGGAUGAGCAUCGAGCCAGCAGCAGCAGGUCCCCUGAACAAACUAACUGA